UUGUCACUCAGAGUCGUUCAGUGGAGCUGAGUGAAUUAUUAAGUAGUAGUUGGAAUAGAUUGAGAACAAUGCAGUUCCAUUGGGGAAUCGUUUCUUUGCUGGCUGUGCUCUUGCUGGCCAAUCAAGCUGAAGCAAUGUGUGGCUAUGAGUCAUGUCCAGCCACCAAGGCGAACAUGAUCAAUGUGCACUUGGUGCCACAUUCCCAUGACGAUGUCGGCUGGCUUAAGACCGUGGAUCAGUAUUAUUAUGGCGCCCGCAACAACAUUCAGCAUGCUGGUGUUCAGUACAUUUUGGACUCUGUCAUUCAGGAGCUGUUGAAGGAUUCAAGCCGUCGCUUUAUCCAGGUGGAAACCUCAUUCUUCUUCAAGUGGUAUCAGGAGCAAACCGAGCAAGUGCAGCGUCUGGUCAAGAAGCUGGUCAAUGAAGGUCGUUUGGAAUUCACUGGCGGCGCCUGGAGUAUGAACGAUGAGGCUGCUGUGCAUUACCAGAGCGUCAUCGAUCAGUUCUCGCUGGGUUUGAAAGUGCUUAACGAUACUUUUGGCGCCUGUGCUCGUCCACAAAUUGGCUGGCAAAUCGAUCCUUUCGGUCACUCUCGUGAGAUGGCUUCGAUCUUCGCCCAGAUGGGCUUCAACGCCGAAUUCUUUGCCCGCAUGGAUCACAGGGAGAAGAGCAAACGUCUUGAAGAUGUGGCCAUCGAAAUGAUCUGGCAAUCGAGUGCUGCUCUUAAGGAUUCUGACAUCUUUACCGGUCUGCUCUACCGUCACUACUCUGCACCACCCGGCUUCUGCUUUGAUAUUCUGUGCAGCGAUGAGCCCAUCAUCGAUAGCAAGAGCUAUGACAACAAUGUCAAGUCCCGUGUGGAUGACUUCAUCAACUAUGUGAAAACCAUGUCGAACUCCUUCAGGGCCACCCAUAUCAUGGUGCCCAUGGGUGACGAUUUCCAAUACGAGGAUGCCGAAAUCAACUACAAGAACAUGGACAAGCUAAUCAAAUAUGUCAACGAACGUCAGGUCUCUGGCUCCAAGGUUAAUGUAUUCUACUCGACGCCCUCUUGCUAUGUUUACGAGCUGCAUCAGAUGAUGCUUACCUGGCCCAACAAGACACAGGACUUCUUCCCCUAUGCCAGUGACUCGCACUCUUACUGGACCGGUUACUUCACCUCGCGUCCCACCCAGAAACGCUUUGAACGCGACGGCAAUCAUCUGCUGCAAACUGUCAAGCAACUGAGCGCAUUCGCCAAAUUGACCAACGAGAAGCAAACUGAAGAUUUGGAUGAACUGCGUCAAGUGAUGGGCAUCAUGCAGCAUCACGAUGCCAUCACGGGCACAGAGAAACAAGCUGUAGCCAGGGAUUAUGAUCGUCUGCUCAACGAUGCCGUGGUCCAUGCCCAGGACAAUGCUCGCGAUGCUCUGCGUGUGCUGACCAAUCUGACCGCUGGAGAAUUCGACAGCUGUCUGGAGGUGAACAUCAGUGUGUGUGCUUUCACCAAGGACAGUGCCAACAAUGUGGUGGUCACCCUGUACAAUCCAUUGGCGCAUUCCUCCUCGCAGUAUGUGCGCAUACCCGUUAAGGAGGAAAACUAUCUGGUCACGGACGAAAAGGGUCGCGAAGUCGCAUCCGAGCUGGUGCCGGUGCCAUGGCAAGUGCUUUCGAUUCAACACCGUUCGAACAACACUCAGCAUGAGUUGGUCUUCAAGGCCACCGUUGACAAGAUUGCCAACUUCUACAUUCGUGUGCUGCCUGGAGGAAAAUCGCUGUCCGAAAACCAGGUGACUCGCAGUCGCUUCGAGAAGCUGCAUGCCAUCAAGCAGCGUCUGUCCAAGGCGGUAGCAGCUGAUGAGAAUGACGAUGAUGAAUUCACUGUGCAGAACUCGCUCGUCAAGCUAACCUUCGACAGCGACUCUGGUCGCCUUAAGAACGUCGAGAUGAACGGCGUCUCGGAGAACAUUGAGCAGACUUUCGCCAUCUACAAGGGCGCACGUGGUGACAAUGGAGCCUCCGAGAGACGUUCCUCUGGUGCCUACAUCUUCCGUCCAGAUGGAGACAUUAACAUCCUGUCUGACAGCGUUGACUAUACAGUUUACGAUGGCGAACGCGUCAAGGAAGUGCAUCAGCACUUUAACGAAUGGAUUUCGCAAGUUGUUCGCAUCUAUGAGGGUGUCAAUCGUGUGGAGUUUGAGUGGCUGGUUGGCCCAAUUCCCAUUGAUGAUGACACUGGUCGUGAGAUUGUCACCCGCUUCAAGAGUGAUCUGGCCUCGAAUGGCGUCUUCUACACCGAUUCCAACGGUCGCGAGAUGAUCAAGCGUGAGCGCAACCUUCGUGAAUACUUCGAACCCGACAUGAGCGAGUCGGUGAGUGGCAACUAUUACCCUGUGACUGCUCGCAUUGCUCUCGAGGAUCAGCAGAAACGCAUUGCCCUGUUGAACGAUCGUGCUCAAGGUGGUUCCAGUCUGGAUGAUGGUCAGCUCGAGUUGAUGUUGCAUCGCCGUCUGCUCAAUGAUGAUGCCUUCGGUGUAGGCGAAGCCCUGAACGAGGAACAAUUUGGCACUGGACUGAUUGCUCGCGGCAAAGUCUAUCUGAUCCUCAAUUCUGUUGAUGCUAAGGCCUCGACUGAAGAACGCCUUGCUCAACAUGAGAUUCAUUUGCCCUUCUGGAAAUUCUUCAGUAACUCAAACACUGCCAGCUCGGUGAAGCCCCAAUCGCUUCCCGACUUCAGCGACUUCCCACAGUCGGUCAAUCUGCUCACCUUGGAGCCAUACUCCAGCGAUGAAAUCCUUUUCCGUGUGGAGAACUUCUUGGAUGAGACUGAGGGUCACAUUGUCAGCUUUAACAUUCGCCACAUCUUCGAUUCGUUGGGCGGUAAGGAGAUUCGUGAAACCACUCUGGAUGGCAACAUGGCCCUCGAUGAGGUGAAACGUUUCAAGUUCCAUCACGACGGUUCUCUGCCCAAAACUCUUGAAUAUUACACUACUCCAUUCGAGCCAUUGGCUGUCAAUGCCGAUGAUGACUCAUCUAAAUUCAGUGUAACACUGAACCCCAUGCAGAUUCGCACCUUUAUCAUUAAAUGGUAAUAACAUUAAAUUAUAUCAUCAAUAAACUACAUUAAAAAACAUA